AUGGCUGGUGAGAAGGUGGAGUUGAGCUCCAUGGAUAGUGCUAUAGAGAUAAGGCAUGUGAACCAGCAUGCCAAGGAAAUAUCGUCUGAGAACAAGUCUGAGAGCUAUGACGACAAUAAGGAGUUUGAAGGGUCCAAUCGCGUGGUGAUAAAGCCUGUUAACGACGAGGACGAUGUGUCUGUUAUGAUAAAUUUUAACCAGGGUGUGUCACACUUCAUUAUUAUGCUGACUUUUGUCGCUUCCUUGUCCGGUUUCUUGUUCGGUUACGACACCGGUUACAUAUCCUCGGCGUUGAUUUCCAUAGGGACUGACCUGGACAACAAAGAGCUGACGUACGGUGAGAAGGAAAUCACCACCGCUGCCACCUCCUUGGGUGCUUUGAUCUUUGCUUUAGUGGCAGGGUUCUCCGUAGACAUAUUCGGCAGAAAACCAUGUCUUAUGUUCUCGAACAUUAUGUUUUUGAUCGGUGCUAUUCUUCAAGUCACCGCACACAAGUUCUGGCAGAUGACUGCGGGCAGAUUCAUUAUGGGUUUCGGUGUCGGUAUCGGUUCCUUGAUCGCACCAUUGUACAUUAGUGAGAUUGCACCAAAAAUGAUCAGAGGUAGACUGACUGUGAUCAACUCACUGUGGCUGACAGGUGGCCAGUUGAUCGCAUACGGUUGUGGUGCUGGUUUGAAUCACGUCCACAACGGUUGGAGAAUUCUGGUCGGUCUCUCCUUGAUUCCAACCGUGCUACAGUUCGUGUUCUUUAUCUUCCUACCAGACACGCCUAGAUACUACGUUAUGAAAGGUGACUAUGAGAAGGCCAAGAGCGUGCUGAAGAGAAGUUACAACGGUGUCUCUGACGAACUAAUAGACAGAAAGAUUGAAGAACUAUUAGCUUUGAACCAAUCUAUUCCAGGUAAGAAUCAUGUAGAAAGAACUUGGAACGCUGUGAAAGAGUUGCAUACCAAACCAGCUAACUUUAGAGCUCUGAUCAUCGCAUGUGGUUUACAAGGUAUCCAACAAUUCACUGGUUGGAACUCCUUGGUCUAUUUCUCCGGUACUAUUUUUGAAUCCGUUGGUUUCAAGAAUUCCUCUGCAGUUUCCAUUAUCGUUUCUGGUACAAAUUUCAUCUUUACACUGGUGGCUUUCUUCUGCAUAGAUAAAAUCGGUAGAAGAAACAUUCUGAUUAUAGGUAUCCCAGGUAUGACCGUGGCUCAUGUUAUGUCCGCUAUUGCGUUCCACUUCAUUGGAAUCAAGUUUGUCGGUAACACCGCCAUCGUUGAACACUCAGGUUUCUCCUCAUGGGGUAUUGUAAUCAUUGUGUUCAUUAUCAUGUUUGCUGCAUUCUACGCUCUAGGUAUUGGUACCGUGCCAUGGCAACAAUCUGAACUGUUCCCACAAAACGUUAGAGGUGUCGGUACUGCUUUUGCUACUGCUACUAACUGGGCCGGUUCCUUAGUUAUUGCUUCAACUUUCUUGACUAUGUUACAAAACAUCACUCCUACAGGUACAUUCGGUUUCUUUGCAGGCUUAUGUGUGGUUUCUUUCUUCUUCUGUUAUUUCUGCUACCCAGAACUUUCAGGUUUGGAAUUGGAAGAAGUUCAAACUAUUUUGCAAGAUGGUUUCAAUGUGCAAGCAUCUAAGGAACUGGCAAAGAAGCGUAAGAGGCAAAUUGCUGUUCUAAAGAAAGCAAAACAUCAACCAACAGAAGAAAUCAUUGAAGAGUGA